UAUGUCGAGAUCAAAAGAUCAAAUGCCAGUUCGGUAUUAUUUAUUUUUGUGUUUUAUUUUUAUCAGUGCAUAAUGUUUUUAUUUAUGCCUCACUUUGUUGCACCAAUUUCAAUUUAAAAUUAAGAUAUUGCGGUUGUUUUCGUACUUAUAAUAUCUACGAUGGCGUAUCGAAUACUAGCCUGGUUCAGUUUAAUUUCUGUAAUUACAAUAGCCUUACUAGGGUUUGGAUUGUACUUGGCUCUACUAACGUUUUUAAUAUCAUUUAUAGCUGGAGUUCUUACAAUCUUACAUUUGAACUUUGAUAGUAGGAAGAUAUUUUCUUCAGAUAUAGAUUGUUUGGAUGAUCCUCUUCAGCUAACUAACUAUUCUAUUCAAUCUCCAAAGAUCCUGCAGUUAUUUCAAAAUAAUAAACCAUGGCCAAAAUUUGAUAACAGAAUUACUGGAAGUGAGACUGUUGACUCAUUUCUUAAUGAAAUUAUCACAAUAAUAAUUAAUGACUAUGUGACACCAUGGUAUGAAGUUUUAACUGAUGAUCAAGAGUUCACAGAUCAUGCAAUUAAACAAACAGUAGUAAUAACAAGUGCUAACGUUACAAAUAGAAUUAAACUUGUUGACUGGAUAUACUUAUUAUCAACAAAGUUUCCAGAAGAAUUAACAACUCAUUUAAAGUUAUUUAAACAAUCAAGGGUCAAAUUGAAACAUAUACAAUUACUUAGUGCCAAAGAAGUUGCCAAUGGGUCAUCAAAAUUGAGCCCAAAGAAACAAGAGGAAAGAAAAGCUCACAGAAGAAACAAAAGUGAUACAGAUUUGUCCUGGGCCCCAGAUUCACAUACAUUUGGAAAAUCAAAAUUUUAUGGGAGUUCAGAAAAUAUAGGUAGCACUAAUUUGAAAGAUAUAUUUUUUGACUUGGAGUGUGCAAUGGAGAAUAAGCUGCUUUGCAGGGACACCUUCUGCUUGGAUCCUGAGAAAGAGUAUUCCUUUCUAUGUGAAGUAUCAGAAGCUAUACUAUAUUUGGUUGCCCCAGAAGAAGCCUGGAAAUGCCACGCCUUAAAACUUAUUAUAAUAGAGCUGCUUUCAUCAAUUGUGCUGAAACCUAUAUUUAACAUGUUGAGCGAUCCUGACAAUAUCAACAGAGCGAUCAUAAGAACUUGUUGCCGCGACUCGCUGUUGCCGUCAGAGUUGUUUCUCUUAGUAAUAAGGACAUGCGCGGACGCAGAAGAACUAGACGCGACGUUGGAAUUGGUUCAGAAGGAUAUACAGAAACUGCAUUCCAAAGACAGUGCCGGUGAAUGGGAGCUCCAAGAUCGUCAGAAGCUGUCUUCGCUGCAGUACUUGGCGCGGAUCAUUCAAGCGAGAAGAGCUACCAUGGGACCACAAGAAGGUACAAACAACGCCAGCACAGAGAAGGUGUCCGAAGAAGUUCUACGGUCUUUGAAGUUCUUGCGGGCGACGGCCGCUUGGAGGUCAAACGCCCAAUAUCUUCUGGAGAUCGAGAUGAAUGAAACCGAUGUUCCUCACACCUCAAAGGCUGUAAUCGACAACCUGCGCUCGUCUGCGCUUGAGCUUUGCGACCUGUACUUGGCUCCGAACCGUCAAGUGAUGGGUCUACCUGAGAAUUGUCACUCGGAAAUGGUUCGGAAGAUCACCACCGAGGGUGAAGAGUUCACGAACAACCCCCUGUCGUGCUUCGACGAUGUUCAGAAGUGUGUUUGUAAUGCUUUAGAGGAUGACCCGACUUGGCAGGCGGACUUCAUGUUAGAUACAGAGCAAGAUGGAGCAGACAGAAGUACUAGUGAAUUGAGAACGACAAAAGCCGAAGGCAGAAAAUAUGGAGAAAAAUGCAAGCGACUUAUGAAGACGUGUUUUAAUCAAUUGCCUAAAUUGUUCCAAAGAUCCAAAUAUAACUACGAAAGUCCCAACAAAUCCCUGACAUUCCCACGAUCCUUUACUCGAAGAAUUCCCGCUUUCAAGAACCACACUAUCCCUAAAUGUGCUAACGGUGAUGUGGUAUUGCCCGUACCUGGCUCGAGGCAUAACAGAUCGCGGUCAGACAUUGUAGGCAAUUUCGCUCACAAAAUGCUCGAGAGCGUAGCAGUAGGAGCAUCAAGUUUAUCAGCAGGGGCCUCGAACAGCCUGUCAAUGUCACAAACGGAAAUAAGUGGGAGAGCCAAAAAUUAUUUGUCGCCGCUCUCUGCGUACAUUAUAGAAACAGCGCUGGUCCAAGAUAAGGGAAGAACAUUUGGAAUUUACGCUAUAGCGGUGACAAGAUCCUCGGAUAACGAAGUCUGGCAUAUUUAUAGGAGAUACAGCGAUUUUUAUGAGCUGCAUUCUGCUGUUAAAGAUAAGUGGCCGGAACUAGGUAAUCUGCCGUUUCCAGCCAAAAAGACGUUUCAAAAUACAUCACGUACAGUACUGGAAAAUCGGAAACGGAUGUUGAAUAGCUACUUGCAGCACUUGACUAGUAUCUCAAGGGAUUCACGAUAUAUGGCGUUGCUGUCGCCGGCUUAUCUUGGUGGCUUCCUCAGUUCCGAGAUACAGACCGAGAGGCAUGGCAACACUAUUGAUGCUCUCCUAGUAAACUCAAUCAAAGCGGGCAUGCGGACACUGAAAAGCAUGCCUGACCAGUUUGCGAAUACCGUGGAUGGAGUUAUGGAUGGUAUAUCAAAAGUGUUUCAAGGCAAAAGCAUCGAUAAUGAGUACGAUUUCAAAAGAGACGCUGCCUCGGAAGGUCAGGAUGAUGGAGAUGAGAGCGUACCAUUAAAGUUAUUGGAAGAAGUACUGGGGAUACGCGGCCUUUGGCUCAGGAGGCGUCUUCUAGCUCCUGUUAGGACUCUCAUAGCCGAUCGAGUUAACAAGAAAGUGUUAGAACUGAUUGCAGCGCUAACGUCGCCGCGCAAUGUCGUGCAGUAUUUGAAAUCAUUCAAACAAUGGUUAACCAGCCGUAAUAACUCUACUACUUCAAGUAGGGACUCUGCGACCAAAGCCAGGACGAGAGUCGCGGCUAAAGUGGCGCUUCUAGCGGCGGCACCAGAUGAUCUUAAACACAUUGUUGGAACGGAUGCAGCUCGAAGGGGCCUCCUUACAGUUUUCGACUUGUUUCAAACGCAAGAAAUUAAUAAGCGGCUAUUAUUAGUAUUGUUAGAAGUGGCUCUGUGUAAUUUAUUCCCUGAUAACAAUGUACCGGAGAUAUUUAAAAAAUUAUACUCAAAUUCGACUCGCAUUUCACCUCCUAAGAAAUCUGUCAACACGAAUACCAUAUGACGUAAUUUUACAAAAAAAUAUAAAGUGCGUUUUUUUCGUACUUAAAUUCCGGUGAUACGGAAUAAAUGAUUAAAGGAAAUACAGCAGAAGGAAAUAGAAAAUUGCAGCUGAAAGCCCGUUAACCUAACGAACGACUCUGAGCGUAGAAACACGUAAACGUAGUGUUUCUCAGAAGGACGUUUUUAUUUUUAUACAUUAAUAUAAAAUUGAUGUGAUUUUUUACAUAGAACAAUUAGUUAGUAGUAGUUUUUUUCUAUUUAGAAAAUUAUAGUUAUUAUAUUAAUAGUAUAUUCAGAAACUUUAAAUAAUAAUUUAGAUUUAUAAAUUUUUAGCCUUGUGCAUGUCUGAUGAUAGAAUUUUCUCUUAAUUUAUAAACUAAGUACUCGAGUGAUGUUAAUAAUUGUGAUAAAACAUAUUUUAACUUAUUGCUGUUUAUAGUGCGUUUAUGGAUAUGCGCUAUACACGUAAAUUGUUGCUUAUGUGAAAAAUUUCAUGAGCGAUCCUUCCUUGGCGAGCAAAGUUUGACGUAUUUGUUCUCGUACAUACGUACGUACGUAACGAAAACAUCGGGACGUAUCUGGAAUGCCUUCAACCCAAAAUGUCGACGGCGUGUGUGUGACGCCCCUAUUGUUUAUAAAAGACCUGUAAAAAGUACGCAAUUGCAAUCGUAUUGACGUUUGUAAUUAAAAUAUUCACGUAAAAUUACAUUAAUGAAAUAAUGUUUAAUUUUGAAAAUUAUUCAAUGUUUCUAUAGAAUCGUGAAAACUAAAUUAGUCUAAACUUCUAUGGUAUGUUUCAUUUCUUUCUGACGAAUUGUGUUUACGAUGUAAUGAAAAGAGACGGGUGUGCAGUUGGACAGAUUUUGUCUUAAAGAUCUUAUAGUUGUAUGGUGAUAUUAAAAUUAAAAAAUAUAUAUUGCUGUCGUUUAUAAGAUACAAGAUUGCUAUAUAUGUGUCAUUAUUUAUAAAUAUAUUUUCAUUAAAAAAAGCGUAAAAUUGUAUUUGUAGUUUUUAUCUGCAUUCCUUAUUUUGUAUUAACAUUUUUUGUUUAAUUUAGUACGUAAUCAUAGUUGCUAGUUAAUUCGAAUGUUAGAUUAUUUAUUUUAGCUUACGCCUAGUAAAUUUAUUUAAAUAAACAACGACUCCGAGUGCGGUUAGACACUAAGUAAACUUUAAAGCCAUAAUUAAAAAAAUUAAAUUAUAUAUUUAAGAUAAUUCGUAAUAUUGUAAAUUUCUACAUGUACCUGUGGUUGUUGAAAUUCGAUAGUUUCAAAUGUAUAGGAAAAUUUACGCAUAACAUUCCAGUUUCUUGUAUUU